AUGUGUGCUGGCUGUGUGGAGAUUGCCCCCGAGGGUCUGGCCCGCAGAAGCCGCUGUCACUUCCUCCGCUGCCAGUCCAAAGCCCAGCGUCAAGGUUCCCCUGCUGGGACGCUGCACUCCCGGCUCAAAAAUCAGACGCUGCCUCCCGGGGACUUCUCGUCCCACCGGCGGCUUUGCCGCGCCGCUCCCGCGGACCGGCUGGGCCCCCUCCCGGGGUUUGUGAGCUCCUCUCCCGGCUGUUUAGCCUAUUCAGGGGCUUUGAGAAGGAAUCCUACUGCUUAUUUUGGAAUCUCACGCCCUGGAACCUGUACCACGGAGCCAUCCCAGUAUCCAUCCAUGGAGGAUGUGUUGACACAGCCACAGACAGCUGGGCUUCAGGCUGGUCCUGUUUGCGACCUUCUCACCGGGCUAAUUAGCCCAUUUAUAGUGUUUGAGGAGGAGUCUUACUCCCUAAGGAAGUGCAAGAACUGGGGAGCCUUUGGGCACACAGCAAGAAGUAAGAAGUGCCCCAUAAAGUGCUGGAGUAGGGUUGUAGUGCCCAAAGCCUUGGGCUCAAAGAAGAUGAAGGAGAACAUGGAGGCAAAGAAACUCCAGGAGCCUCAGACUCUUUGGCCCUUUAACAACUUGGAAAGAGAGAAUGAACAAAGACAAAGGCAAGGAGAGUAUGACAGAAAAGCUCUACUCCAGAAAUUUCCCAAGAGACCCGAAGGGAAGCAGCGGCAAAAUUGGAAGGAAUCGACAGAAUCUUUUGACUACUUAAGGCAUCCUUGCAGGCCCAUGCCUGUUCACACUACCAAGAUGCAAUCUGUCCUGGACCCUUCUCUCAGAAACUGGCCACCUGUAAGGAAACCUGACCAGAAAUCCAUCUUCCCUGAAAGGUUUCCUAUCCAAGAUCACGAUCCAAGCUUCUUCUCAUCUCAUGGACAAACUAAAGAAGAAGUGGAUAUCACUGGCUCUUCUCAGCCAGUAACCAAACACUUUGGCCAGGACUCUACCCUCAUGGCGAACACAACAGACAACAGAUGUGAUGCUUGUGCUUAUUAUGUUUCCCAGCCGGCCUCAAAAACCCUUGCCCUGGGCUAUGUCCUCAGACCCAAGGCACAAGCCCAGGGUCCUGAUAGGAUCUCAAAGUCCAGUCCACAGCCUGCCAGAGGUGGAAGGGGCCAGGACUCUCCACUCAGCAUUCAGGCACCAGGAAAAAGAUCUGCCCAGACCCCCAAACAGAACUGCUUGAAUCCUGCGAAGAAAGCAAAACUCACAACUCUCCAGACUGUGCAACAGAGCAGAAAGAGACCUGAUGUGGGAGCUGGCCAGCCUCUCUUCAAUUCAACUGAAUUUGGACCCAACAGGCCACCCCAAGUCACCAGGAUGACUGACCUCCAGCCACCACACAGUAGACCUCAACUGAAUACUGUCGAAACCAGCCCUAUCCUUCCACCUCCACUUUCUAGCUCUGUUCCAGGACAACCACUCAGAAUUGUCUUCACAAGAAUGGAAAAUGGACAGUGGAGCUCCAGGUUCAGAACAUCUCCCACCUCUCUCCCUCCUGAGUAG